AGAGAGGCGAUCCUCGGCCCAAGACCCCGCACUUCCGGUCUUCUCACUUCCGGCUCCGAGGCUGCGGUGCAGGCGCCGGAGGCCGGAGUGAGAGGUCGCGGGUGCAAGAGUCCUCGGCAGGCGGUCGCCGAGAGCCUUUGACAGCUGCAGCCGAGGUGCGUGGGGGAAGGGACGGAGGACAAGCUCCGGGUCGUGCUUCCGCUCACGUCUGCUCCGGGCCGACCGGAUUCCCGAGGGCUGCAACCGGGAGUGCCCGCGACCGAGCGCUGCCGGCUUCCCGGCUGCUGACAGACAGGAAUCUGACAUGGCUCAAGAGUCUCCCAAAAAUUCUGCCGCAGAGAUUCCAGUAACUAGUAAUGGAGAAGUGGAUGACUCCCAUGACCAUGGCUACCACAGGGAUUUGAAGCGUUCAUUACCAUCUGGACUUGGACUCUCAGAAACUCAGAUUACAUCUCAUGGCUUUGACAGCACCAACGAGGGGACUAAGGAAGCUGGAGUGUCCCAAGGUUCCUCAGCGCCUCCUUUGCCGUCCGUUCUGUCUCCCAGCAGGGUUGCAGCUGGUCAACUGGCUCAACAAGGAGGUGACCUAACUGUUUCUGCAGGUGGCCAGAGAACACACACAAAAGGUGGAGCAGUUAUUCUAGCAGAUGAAAUUAAAAAUCCUGCAAUGGAAAAAUUAGAACUUGUUAGAAAAUGGAGUCUCAACACAUACAAGUGUACCCGGCAGAUCAUAUCUGAGAAACUAGGCCGUGGCUCGAGGACAGUGGACCUUGAACUGGAAGCUCAGAUCGAUAUAUUAAGAGAUAAUAAGAAAAAGUAUGAAAACAUUCUGAAGCUGGCUCAGACGCUGGCCACACAGCUCUUCCAGAUGGUGCACACCCAAAAGCAGCUUGGAGAUGCAUUCGCUGACCUGAGUUUGAAGUCUCUAGAACUCCACGAAGAAUUUGGCUAUAAUGCAGACACCCAGAAGCUGCUGGCUAAAAAUGGAGAGACUCUUCUUGGGGCCAUUAAUUUUUUCAUUGCUAGUGUGAACACGUUGGUGAAUAAAACCAUUGAAGAUACACUUCUGACCAUAAAGCAGUAUGAGAAUGCCAGGAUCGAGUAUGAUGCGUAUCGCACUGAUUUGGAAGAACUGAAUCUUGGACCACGUGAUGCAAGCACUCUACCAAAAAUUGAGCAGUCACAGCAUCUGUUCCAAAUACACAAGGAAAAAUACGAUAAAAUGCGUAGUGAUGUUUCUGUCAAAUUGAAAUUUCUUGAAGAAAAUAAGGUGAAGGUGUUGCGGAAUCAGCUGGUCCUUUUCCACAGUGCUGUCGCUGCCUACUUUGCGGGGAAUCAGAAGCAGCUCGAACUGACCCUUAAGCAGUUCCACAUCAAGUUGAAAACCCCUGGAGUGGACGCCCCGUCCUGGCUUGAAGAGCAGUAAACUCACCCGGAAAGGAGCGAGCAGGGUGUUGUUAAACAACUAAUAAACCUAGUCAGAAUUAAGUAGUGUUGGGGACGCGGUGAGGGAACACCAUUGCAGUGACUCUUGCACAGAUAGCUUUUAUUUUUCCCUUUUCAUACCCUAACAAUUGAGCUGUUAAAUCUGAACAGAAGGUAGGUGAUUUUUAUGUAAACAUGAUUACAUAAUUUCUAUAAUUCUAAACACAAUAAUUUUCCUUUUUGAGAAAUCCUUUUUGUAUUGUAAAGGUUGGUGGCUAUUUCUAUAAUUUGAAAUAUUUAAUAUAGAUUUGCACUGAUAAGAUAAAAAUUCAAGGCUUUUGGUCCUAGAAACAAGGACCAGCUAUAAUUUUUCAAAGGAAGUUUACAUGAUUUGUAUCAAUGUCAGAUAUUUUAUAUAUGAAUAUAUCCAACAUCUUUAAGAAGUUCAUGUUUGUGUAUUAAAGAAAGAAAGCUAUUUUGCAGAGUAAGUUAUAUGGCGUCCUGCAGUGUCCGCAGAAGGGACCGCUCGAAUGAAAGAUUGAUUGGCUCAUAGGUUGUGAUAGAUACCUUUUAAAAAUUAAUCUGUACCACUGUAACUUUGGUUAGAUAUUUUUAAAGACCUGGAAUCACACUGUCAUAAUUUCUAUGACGUGUUUUAACUUAUGAAUUUGACAGUUAUGUCAGUAAUUUUGAUUUAUAAUGAAACCUGCUUAAGGGAGGUGGAUUUUUUUAUUUUGUUUUCUAUAUGUGGACAUAGGAAUGGAAACUCUUAGUGGUUUCUAGAGUAGUGAUUUGUAAAUUAGAAAGCUAGUUUGGGGGUAAAUUCCGUUUUGAUAGGAGAGAAUUUCCAGACCAUGUUCCUUGACUUCCAUGUGUGACUACCAGUUAAGCCUUAAAUCACAGAUACGUGCCUUCUCAGACGCAGUAAUCUUGUCCGGCCAUUGUGCAGAAACCGUGGAGAAACCCUCCAGAGAGCAUGUGAUUGUCUGUUCUCCAAAGACAAGCACAGUAGGUGCUGGGGUUCUUGGUCCUCAUGGAACCACACUUGAGGUGUGGUUGGUGAAACCGACUUUGGAAUCUUUGGUUGGGUUUCUCUUCACUCCUUCUUCAGAAUGGGACUAGUGGGGAGUUUUUCCCGCCUGGGUAGUGCAGAGGCCGUAGGAAGGGAGGCCAGCACUGUCAGUCCUACGUACGCAGUCGGCCUGUCCACUGUGGGGGUUUCCUCAGUGAGGUAAUCUUGUUUAAAUGUAAAGUUCCUUUGAUUUUGUCAUACAUAUAAAUGAGUAUUUGGAGAGCUAUCACUUUAUCUGUUCAUUUCUAUUGUGUUGAAAUGAAGUACUUAAAAUGACUGUUAUAUGUGAGCUUUGUAGCCUGUACAAUGUGUUAUACGUGUCCAGAUGCCUUUUCGCUGGCUUUUUUAUUAAUGUCUGUUUGGAGUGCUUAAUACAGUAUAAUGUGAUUGUAAGUCAUGAACCUAUUUUAAAUCAUUCCCUCCUGUAUAUUUGUACUCUGAAAGAGCCUUAUUUUAUUCUUCAAGCAGAGUAGCUACUUGUGAUGGUUAUUCACACUCCCCAGAGCGUGCCUCUGGUGUGAAUUUUGUAUUCUUAUUAAAGUUUCUGCUGCAUUAUCUUA